AUGGAACCUGAAUCCAAUCCCAUCAAAAGCCAUGAAAGUACCGCUUCAAGAACUCCAACGAAUUUCUUUAACCAGAAUACGUUCGCUGCGUUCUCGUCAAUCAAGCUUAACGAGCAUAAUUUCAAAGCCUGGAGAAAGCAGGCCCUAGCAUGCAUCAAAAUGAACAAGUUACAAAAUCACUUGGAUCCACAAAAAAUUCCGUCAAAGCUCAACUCAGAAACUGGAUCUGCAUCAGAGACUCCAUCAUACACUGAUUGGGAGGCACAAGAUCAAUGCCUAGUGGCUUGGCUCAUGUCAUCUAUGGAAGCAACCUUCGUCAAUCGUGUGGUUGAAUUUGAAUUUGCUUACCAGAUCUGGAAUGCACUUGAAGAUUAUUUUGCUGCGCGUGUGAAGUCAAAGAUCAAGCAGUUGAAGGCACAGCUGAAGACGCUCAAGAAGCACAGCUCCUCAGUCUCAGAAUACAUGGCAAAAAUUAAUCAGGUUGCUGAUUCUCUCAAUGCGCUUGGAGCACCACUUUCCACAGAGGACUACAUUGAGGCAGCGCUUGGAGGACUAGGUGAAGAGUACAGUACCUUUAUCACAGUAACUAAUGGAAGAAUAGAUCAGUUGUCCGAAAGCGAAUUUGAAUCUCAGCUACAAACACAGGAAGAAUUGCUUGAAAGAUUUAGGAAAGUAGAUCUUGGAUCUAUUCAAGCAAAUCUAACGCAAAAAGGUGAUGCACCUAACAACAACUCCUACAACUUCAACAAUAAUUCCAACAAUUUCAGAGGAGGCUUUAGAGGUGGACGUACCAGAGGGUUCAGAGGCGGAGGCGGCAGAUCCUCGUGGUGGCAAGGUAAUCGGCCUCAGUGUCAAGUGUGUGGGAAGAUAGGACACAUUGCGUUGCAAUGUUACCAUCGCUUUGACCAGAGCUACACUAAUCCACAACUCCAACCUCUCAAUGCUACACCUCCUCCUUCCAUGGCAUUCCACAACGGCGGCCUAGUGCAACAUCACACGCCACAAUCCAGCCCUCAACAGCCUGCUGCUCCAAGUCCUCAGGCCUACAUUGCCUUGCCCUCUGCAGUGCCUGAUGCCGGCUGGUAUCCGGACUCCGGAGCGUCGCACCAUAUUACCUUUGACCAGAGUAACCUCAACACAGGAUCAGAAUAUGAUGGAUCACAACAGGUAUAUGGUGGUAAUGGCCAAGGUAUGAAAAUUACACAUAUUGGAAAUUCUAUAUUGCAUGCAUCUCUAUCAAAUAGACCAUUUAGAUUGCAAAACCUGCUCCAUGUUCCUAACAUUUCAAAAAAUUUAAUAAGCGUAGCCAAGUUUGCCCUGGAUAAUUGUGUUUUCUUUGAGUUUUGGCCUUAUCUAUGCAAUGUGAAAUGUCAGAUAACCAGACAGGUUCUACUACAAGGACUCCUUAAGGAUGGCCUCUACAAAUUUGAAGGAAUUUCAGUCAACACAAGUUCUAAUACUCCACACACCACCUCAAUGCCUCUUCAUACACCUAUCAGUGCAAACACCUUGACUCAAAUACCUCCCUCAACCAUAAAACCCAAUAAAACAAAUACACAUACCUGUCUAGCCUCAGAAUCUGCACCCUAUGCCACUGCUGCUCUUGUUCCUACUGCUGUCCGCAUGGCUCCUGUUUCUGCAGCAACCACAUAUGGGAAUAUCAGUGAAUAUCACAACUCUAUAGGAAAUGUAUAUGCAAACAUUACAUGUAAAAAUAGUACCCAAACUAUGCAGUUAUGGCAUCGAAAGCUUGGUCACCCCGGUGACAAAAUAGUUAGUCUUGUCAUGAAAGAAUGUAAUAUCCCUCAUGAAUCAAUAAAUAAAGAAAAUUCUAUUCCUACUUUGUGUCAUGCAUGCUGCAUCAGUAAACUGUAUCAGUUACCUCACCCUGAGUCCCUCACAUCCUACAAACCUCUAGAACUAGUGUUCUCAGAUAUUUGGGGUCCAGCCCCUGUUUACAGCAGACUAGGCCACAGAUACUACAUCUGUUUUAUUGAUGCGAGCACUAGGUAUACCUGCACCUAUUUGUUGGAAUCAAAGGGUCAAGCCUUUGACGCGUUUGUGAAGUUUAAAGCACUCAUUGAAAACAAAACAGGCUUAAAGAUUAAAUCCAUCCAAACAGAUAAUGCAAAGGAAUAUGUCUCAAAUGCAUUCACAGCCUACCUUGCCUCUAAUGGAAUCCAUCACAGACUAACAUGUCCCUACUCCCAUCAACAAAACGGGACCGUUGAAAGAAAACAUCGCCACAUUACUGAAACUGUCCUUACACUACUAGCUCAGGCUUCCUUACCCUUAUCUUUUUGGGGAGAUGCUACCCUCUCUGCCACUUACCUCAUCAACCGACUACCCAGCCCAACUCUCUCCUGCAAGUCCCCAUUGGAACUCCUCCUUGGCCGGAAACCUGACUACUUAUUCCUUAAGCCGUUUGGUUGUACAUGCUACCCCCUCCUCAAACACUACAACCCCCACAAGUUUGACUUCAAAUCUCAUCAAUGUAUCUUCAUUGGGUACUCAGACAACCAGAAAGGGUAUCGAUGCCUGUCCCCACUAGGAAAGGAGUUUGUUUCUAGAGAUGUUGUCUUCAAUGAAUCCGAAUUCCCGUUCCCCCAUCUAUUCCCUGUCUCAACUAACCCUCCUCCAGUGUCCCAAACUCCAAUCAACCCAGGUCCCCUCCUAUUCUCUUUUCCUACUCCGCCUCACCAGCCUCUAGCACCCUCCUCUCAGCCACAGCAGCCCCUUCCUCAACCCCUCUCUCAACCCACUAAUGCCUCUCCCCUCCCAACCCCCAGUCCAAUGCAUUCAUCAUAUAGAAUUUCCAAUAGUGUUAAUUGCAUACCUGUGUCCCAACCUCCUGCAUCUGUUUGUUUCCCUGAUUCUUCUAAUGCUGUGGUUGAUGUUUCGUCUGAUCCUAAUGCCCCUGCAAGUGCUGUUUUGGAGAAUUUGCAGGUGCCGCAACUGCCGCUUGUGGGAGUCCCUCCAUCGAAUGCUCACCCAAUGCAAACUCGGAGCAAAUCGGGGAUCUUCAAGCCACGCUCAUUCGCUGCUGUGGUUCGUGAGGGCUCUGCACGGCGUGACUCUGCUUCCGAGACGCAGGCGGUGGUUCCUGCCUCUGACCCAGUCGGCGGCGGUGGCGCUUCUGGUCUUCAGGCCCUCGUGGCGGUGCCAGCUGCAGGUGCUGCCCGGUCCGCCCGAGCCCUAGCUUCUGCGGCAGCCUCUGACCUUGUGUCUCGCAUCCCUAAUUCUGUGGGUGAGGCGUUGUGUAGUCCCCACUGGCGUGAGGCAAUGGAGGAGGAAUUUGGGGCCCUCAUCCGCAACAAGACAUGGCGUCUCACUCCCAGGCCCACACACUCAGCCCCAGUCAUCGGCUGCAAGUGGGUAUUUCGUAUUAAGACGCACCCUGACGGUACGGUGCAAAAGUAUAAGGCAAGACUCGUUGCCAAAGGGUUCCAUCAGAAAGAGGGUAUCAACUUUGAUCAGGUCUUCAGUCCCGUGGCUAAACCAACCACCAUUAGAGUAGUGUUGAGUAUUGCACUUGCAAGAGGCUGGAAAGUUCGCCAGUAUGACUUCAACAAUGCUUUUCUUAACGGUGAUUUAGAGGAAGAAGUUUUUAUGUCUCAGCCUGAAGGCUUUAUUUCAUCUGCCUACCCUCACCAUGUCUGUCACCUCCAACGCUCCCUUUAUGGUCUCAAGCAGGCUCCAAGAGCCUGGUUCACAAAACUUAAACAUACUCUUCACUCAUUUGGCUUUCAGAACACCAGAUCCGACACUACUCUCUUUACCAAGCUCACUGCCACCUCGGCUACUUUCAUCCUCGUGUAUGUUGAUGACAUCCUAAUCACUGGCUCUUCGGACUCUGAAAUUCAGAACCUGGUCAAGCAAUUACACUCUACUUUCUCUCUCAAAGACCUUGGUGAGAUGAGCUAUUUUUUGGGCAUUGAAGUGGUGAGACACCAUGAUGCUGAAAUUCACCUUUCCCAAACCAAAUAUGUCACAGACCUUCUCCACAAGGCUGGAAUGCCCAAUGCAAAACCGAUGCCUACUCCCAUGACCUCUGGUUUAAAACUCUCAGCCCAUGGAGGGGAACCCUUCUCUAAGCCAGCCCUGUACCGGUCUCUUGUUGGAGGGCUCCAAUAUGCUACAAUCACACGUCCUGAGAUCUCCUACGCCGUCAACAAGGUCUCUCAGUUCAUGCAUUGUCCUCUUGAAACCCAUUGGAAGGCCGUAAAGCGGAUUUUACGCUAUCUUGCUGGGACAGUCCACCAUGGUCUUCGCUUUCAGAAAUCCGAAGAUUGUAGGCUGUAUGGUUUUUGUGACUCGGACUGGGGAAGUGAUGUGGAUGACAGAAAAUCAACCAGUGGAUUUUGUGUGUAUCUAGGACCAAAUCUUGUCUCUUGGUCUAGCCGAAAGCAACCUGUAGUUUCCAAGAGUUCAACGGAAGCAGAGUACCGAAGUCUUGCUGCAGGGCUCACAGAAAUCAUAUGGAUCCAAAAUCUUCUUGCUGAGAUGCAUGUUGUAUGCACAGCCACACCAAGUCUGUACUGUGACAGCCAAAGUGCAGUCCUACUAGCUGCCAACCCUGUGCUGCACAACAAGAGCAAACACUUUGAGUUGAACCUCCAUUUUGUUCGAGACUAUGUCACCCAAAAGAAGAUCACCAUCCAGCAUAUCCCAGCUCAGGACCAGAUUGCUGACACACUGACCAAACCCCUCUCAGCACCACAGUUUGUGCAGCUCAGAACCAAACUUCGAGUGACUGUAAGAAACCAAGAUAGCAAACCCAUAAAGUAG